AUGUUCCUGGCUCGCUUCCACGAAACCAACCGGAAACAUCCACCUCAAAGCCACACCAAAGGUUCAGCUGACCAAGACAAAACCGCUCUACUGGUCAAAAAUGGUUCAAAAAGACCAUCCAAAUCUAACCAAACAACAUCAGGCAAACUAAACCAAAAGCCACACCAGACCCGACCAGAAAUCAAGACAAUCAUGGUUUUGCAGAACCCAAGACCUAGGACUUCAUCAGCUCGACGCCGAAUGAAGUCUACAACUCCCAGAUCGUGGAAUCAAGCCUGGAAGGAAGUCAACAGCAAUCUUUUGAUCGGGAAGGCUCAGGUCAAUCCAGCCAUAGUUCAGGCACCGCAUUAG